AUGAAGGUGAUAAUAGUGGUAGCACUGGUCUGCCUAGCGGCGGCCAAUGCUAGGGAGCUCAAUGAGGAGCAGAAAGAUCUCGCUGUAGCCGCCAGCCACCAUAAAGGUGAUCAUCACCACGAGAGUGGAGGCGGCAAAGAGCACCAUGCUCAUCACCAUCACGAGCACGGCCACAAAGACCACAAAGGCCACAAAGGUCACCACCAUCACCACAAGGGUGAUCACGGUGAUCACGGUAAGCAUCACCACGAAGGUCAUCACCACGAACACGGAGGUCACCACAAGAAGCAUUGGGACGAGCAUGACCAUCACGGCCAUCAUCACGAGCACGGUCAUCACCAUAAAGGAGGCAAGCACGGUCACCACAAGCACCAUGAUAAGGGAGAACAUACCGAUGGCUACCACAAGAAGUACCACAAGGAUCACUUCCACAAGGAUCAUCACUUCUACGAUGAUCAUCAUAAAGAAGGCAAGCAUCACAAACACGGUCACCAUCACGGACAUCAUGAGAAGCAUGAUGGUCACCACAAGAAGGGCGGUCAUCACGAACACGGUCAUCACGAACAUCAUCAUGGCAAGCACGGUCAUCAUGACAAGCACCAUCAUGACGAGGACCACAAGGGCCACAAGGGUCAUCACGGUCACGAUGAGCACCAUCAUCACCAUCAUGAUCAUGGCAAGAAGGGUGGUCAUCACGACCAUAAGGAAUGGGGCCACCAUUCCGGCGGUAAAGGCAAGCACUGA